AUGGCUUCCCAAAACCCCGUUUCAAAACGAAAACAUGUGGACUCUGAGAUCCUGAGGGAUAUCUUCAAUACUGAACAAACCACGGAAACAAAUCCACCUAAAGCCUUUGAUGGAGACAGGAAUGAGCCUUAUGAAUUAGAUAAGAGCAAUGAAGUGAAGAAUUCACACCACAUGGAACUUGAGGGACUGAAGCGAGGAUUGUCAUUUCUUAAACAGAAAGGGUGUGCCAUUAAGGAAGUCAUCACAGAUCGCCAUGUCUCAGUGAAGAAAUACAUGAGAGAGGAGCAUAAAGACAAGAAACAUUACUUUGAUGUUUGGCAUGUAACCAAAGGAAUUGGGAAGAAACUGGAAGCAGAAGCCAAAAAAUGUGGAUGUGCUGCAAUCCGUCCUUGGAUCAAGUCGACGACAAACCAUAUGUACUGGGUAGCAGCAUCUUGUAAAGAUGAACCAGAUAUGAAAGUGGAUAAAUGGUUGUCAGUCACAAAUCAUGUUGCAAACAAACAUGAAGGACACUCAGCUAAGUUCCAGCAGUGCGAGCAUGCACCACUGACUGAGGAAAGACUAUGGUUAAAAGAAGGUUCUAAACCAUACAAAGCUUUCAUGGAGGUUGUCAGCAGUGGUUACCUUGUGAGUGAUUUGCCAAACCAGUCUCCAGUGUAUCAGACUUAUGCAUUGGAGGUUUUCCACAGUGUCGGUAAAUCACUUUGCGCCUAA